AUGUUUCAAGGUUUCCAGCGCAUUCGCGGCGCCAUUGAUGCGCGCAUAGCGGAGGAGCAGGCAAAGCAGCGAACCACGCCUUCAGUGCCUCCGCGAGCAGGUGCCGCGCCCCGGCGCUCAACCUCACGCAACCUAUCGCCCUCGAAGCGGCCGGCCAAAGGCAAAGACGCAGACAGCCAGGCAGCGCCGCCCACAGGGAGAGGUCCUGAUCCCUCCGAAUUCGACCCCGAUUUCGUCGUAGGCGAAGAGAGCGAGCAGCCGAGUCGCACAGCGACACCGAAGCCAAAGGAGAAGGCACCAGCUGCUGACACAACAGCAUCAGCAUCAGCCACAGCCACAGCCACAGCCACAGCUGAAGAUGGAAACGAGAAGCCACAAGACCACGAAAGGGCUGGAAAGACCGACGACACCGAUGACACGCCAGAGAAGGCGCCCGAGAUUCCUCCUGAAGUGCAGACGCGGCUGCGGAGACUGGACAAACUCGAGCCCAAAUACGCCACACUGCUCUCCUCCUACCGCAUUGCGCACGCUCGCAUCGGCGCCAUUGAGACCUUUGAAGCCUCCCUCCGCGAGUACACGCCCCUCACGUCGAUCAACGAUGCCUCAGCCUUUGUCGAAUACCUCGGCCAGUUGAACGUCAAAAGUGACAUGCUUAUGGAGGAACUAAAGAGGGUUUCGAAAGAGCGCGACGCUCUGAACAAGAAGCUGGACGACGCCGAAAAGCGAGCAAAGGAAGCAACCGACGAGGCCGAGACACUGAAGACCCAGGCAUCAAACCACACCGACGCUUCCAAGGACGACUCGACAGACCAGGGCGAGUCGAUCGCGCCGUCUUCCGCCUCGAAGGCGUCCGACCAGACGGUAACCACAGAUGCGACCGAGGAGUUCUUCUCAUACGACAGCGAACUCCCGCGUCUGCAGGAGCGGCUACAGGAGAGUGAAGAGAAGGUUGGCAAAUUGGAGGACGAGAACCAGUCGCUGAAGAGCGAGCUUUCGUCUGCGCAGGAUUCAGCCAAAUCCUUCAUGGAGAAUCUCGAGACCACCACGAACGAUCUAAACACAUUCAAGGAAACUUCACAACGACUGCAAAGAGAGGCUGAUGAGAGAGAAAAGGAGCUUGACGGCGCCAUCAAGGACCUCGAGUCUAAGCUGGCCACGGCUGAACAGGAUCUGUCCAAGCAUCAGGAGAGCCAAGCCGACCAUGAAAAGACCGUUACUGAGCUGAAGGAGAAAUUAGACUCGACCGCAAAAGAGUUGGAAGAGUUGCGUGCUUCGAGAGGAGAGGACCUUGUGAACAACGAGGAAGCGGCAACACUGCGCGCUCAAGUCAGGAAGCUGGAGACAGACCUAGAAGAGCUCAGGUCAACGCACGCCAAGGGCGAGAAGCGCAGCGAGACACUCCACGGCCUGUUGAACAAUGUACGCGAUAAGCUGAAGGAGACCGAGACCAAGAGAGAUGGAGCAUUGAAGAGUCUUGAGCAAGCUAAGAAAGACUUGGAAGCGAAGGCCACGCAGAAAGAGGAGGUCAAGCCAGAGCCCGCACCACAACCCGAGCCUGUACCUGCCGCUGCCGCUGCCGCUGCGCCAGCCAAGCCCACGGAAUCUGCGUCGUCGAAGAAGAAGAACAAGAAAAAGAAGAAGGGUGGCAAGGGUGCUGAUACGCUGGCCGUCGCUGCGACUGAGGCAACACCAAGCGAAGACGGCACUGCCAGCAUCCUGCCGAGCCCGCGCGAACCGGAGUUCUCAUCUGCUCAGUUCGAGGAGGCCCAGCAAUCCGUCGGUCAACUCAAGUCUGAUCUCGAGGCCAAGAUUGCGGUCAUUGAAAGGUUGGAGGCUGAACUCACAGACAAGGUCAAUUCGUUCGAGGAUCUGAAAAAGAAACUCAAGGACCAGGAUGACAUGAAGGAAGAGAUCGAGACCUUGCGACAGGAUCUACUUGACUUUGGUCUUGAGCACACCGAAGCCAAAGACAAGGUCAAGGAGCUGCAAGCCGAGAAGGUCGCACUGCAGGACGAUCUUGCCAAGUUGGAGAAGGAGGUUGCAGAGCUGAAGACUGGUCGAGCGGCUCAGGAGAGUUCUGAGAAGGAGCGCAAGAGAAUGGCAGCCGAGUUUGAGGAGCUCAAAGCCAAGUCGGACUCGUUGCAGACCGAUCUUUCGGUUGCGGAGCAGCUUGCAGCGACUCGAUUCAAGGACCUCACCGACAUGCGAGAGAUGCUGCAGAAGGCGCAGCCUGAGCUACUCUCUCUGCGUAAAGAAGUCGUCGAGCUUCGAUCAACAAAAGACGAGCUAUCAACAAGUACGAAGGAGGUCAGGCGGCUGGAAGGUCGUGAAAAGGACCUGAAGUCGGAGAUUGCCACGUACCGCGCACAGCUCUCCGACAAGGAAGGAGACGUCAAGUCUCUCCACGAGAAGAUCAAGCAGGAAACAACGCAGCGGUUGGCUCUCGAAGAGACCAACAAGAAGAUCCAGAGAGACCUACAGAACACGGAGAUCGAGCGCAAGGAUGUCACCGAGAGUCGUGAUAAGCUUACCAAGGACCUCUCCAAGGCGCAAGAGGAGCUGAAGAAGUCUCGCAACACCGUGCAAGAGUGGGAAGACGAGGUUGCCAAACUCAAGCGCGAUGCGGGUAGCCUACGCGAAGAGAUACAGCUGAAGUCUGCGCAGUACGCGAGCGCACAGGAUCUUAUGAACAGCAUGCAAGACCAAGCGCAAGAGAUCAGCACGCAGAUGAAAGAGAUGAAAGCUAGGGGUGAGAGCCUGGAAGAGGAGCUUGCCGAUGCGCAUCGACUCCUGAGCGAGCGUGGGCGUGAGGCAGAGACGAUGCGGAGGCUACUGGCCGAUGCUCAAGGCCGGGCUGAUGCACGGAUACGCGAAAUGCAGGAACGUCUCGAUCUCGCCGUCGAAGAGAGGGAGCGCGCUGAAGAGCAAGCCAGCUCGUUCAGUCGGCGGCGCGCACGGGAGCUGGAAGAGCUCAAGCAAAAGGUUCGCGAUGCCGAACGUGCUGUGACGCGUGCACAGGAGGACAAAGAGGACAUGGCUGCCGCGGAGAGGGAGCUGCGCAAGCAGAAGGAAGAGGUCGAGAAGCGGGCUGCCCAGGCUACAGAGGAAGCUUCCGAGGUUCGGUCUGCCAUGGGCCAGCUCCGGGACACGCUCGACGAGAGCGAGAAGCAAGCGCGCGAGCUGGAGCGCGAGAAGACGGAGCUUCGACGAGCGUUCGACGAGACCCAAGGCCGAUUGGAGAAGCUGCAGAAGUCGACCAAGACCCUGUCCGACGAGCUGCGGUCUCUCCAACAAAAAGGCGCAGACUCCAACCCCCACUCGUCGAGAGCUUCGAUCGAAUCCUCGCGGUCACGACUCACCUCGCCAACGCUCAAGGCCAGCGGGUCUCCCGCCGACAUUGACUACGUGUACCUGAAGAACGUGCUCCUGCAGUUCCUCGAGCAGCGCGACAAGAAGUACCAGCAGCAGCUUAUUCCCGUGCUGGGUAUGCUGUUGCACUUUGACAAGAAAGAUGAGCAGAAGUGGAUGGCUGCGGUCUCGGCCAAGUGA